AUGCUCGCCCCGCCCAUAAUCUCCAUCCCAGCACCCUCUAGUGAUAUCUCGGAUUCAGGGUCUCUCUCUGGGCACGACUCGGCCGCGCAGCCAAAGUUUCCACACACUCGUGCGCAGCUCUCUGCGAUUGCGCGUCAGUACAGGUCCGUCGACGCCUAUGAUCACGACGCGGACGGCGACGACCUGCGUGUCAAUGCUGUGCUCGUUGGACGCGUCGCCGUUCUUCUUGACAAUGAGCGCGAGGACGAUCUGAAGACGUUGCUCAAGGAGACCUUUGGACACAUAGACGAGGAGGAACUGGAACAACAUGUACUUGAUCUCAUGCAUAAGCAUCGAGACGAUGUCGACAAUGUUCCCUUCAUGUUCCUCACCCCAACGCGCCGGCCUAUCUCCCGCCCCUCCUCGCGCGCGUCGUCUCAUUCGGCGCGGCUCAUCGCCCGCCCAGAUACGCCCAACUCGGCACCCAGCUCGCCGCUCGCUAUGAUCUUCCGUCGCCCGCACACGCCUGUGACCUCGCCGCUCGUGCAAACGCAGGCGUCCUCGUACAUCACUGCGCGCAGCGACUCGCCGAGUAACUCGCCACUCAUUACAACUGUGCAGUUCGUCUCCAGCCUCCCCGCGUCCCCAAUCGGUUCCCCGCGUUCCCUGAAUGCGAAAGCAAACGAGUUCAGGCCCAUCCCGCGCCCGCUCUCAGCUGCGUCGUCACACCCUGCGUCACUCUCACAGUUGCGUGCGGAGACGCCAUCCCCGGACAUGUGGGCGCACAACCCUCAGCGCCCGACGUCCAAGCUUGCAAUCGCGGCGCCGCUCACCCCUGACAGCGCUUUGCUCCCCCGCGCGCUUACCCCGAGCUCGUCGCUCCGCUCGUCAAUGCGUCCCGAUGACCAGAGCGACGAAGAGGAUCCGUUCGAUCCUUUCGCGGCGAGCAACAUACCGCGCUCCUUCCAUCCCGUCGCGGGCGAAUUUGAUGCGCAAUGGCCCACUCCACCCCUGUCGGGUUCCUCGCCUUCGCAGGAUGGCCCGCACGUCAGUGGGGAUGCGCCCUAUGGCGUGAUUGGACAGGCACCUCCCCCGCCGGAAGGCGAGGAUAUGGAUCCAGAGGCAGCGGCGAUGCUCACGGACGGCAUGACGCCGUUCGACGUGCUGAGCUCCGUGUUCGGCGCGACGCUCGCGCCGUCCGAGCUCGAAGAGGCACUUGCAACGAACGGGUACGAUUUCGAGAAGGCGAUGACUUGGCUCGUAGAUCGCUCGAUGACAGCAUCGCCCCCGACGAACGGGCCAAUCAGAAUUCAGUCAAUGGGAAAUCGGGUCAUGAUGGUGUCGCGAGAGGGCGGGAAUGGAAUGGUGCGUGGCGGUAGAGGCGGGUAUAACAACCCUAAUACACCUGGAAUGCGCUAUGGACAGCGGAUCGUGAACGGGCGUCCUGUCCCUGGAGGCAACAGGGUGUGCAGAUACUUCCUCGCUGGGGAGUGUUUGCGCGCGGAUUGUCGUUUCAGACGAGCCCUGAUGAGGCUGCAGACGGAGAGUCGGCGAGCGAGCCAGGUGUCUAAUCUGACCCUCGAUCUCUCCCGCCCGGGCGCGUCCUCGAAUGGACUCCCUUCCUCCAAGCGCGCCUCGUUCAUCCCCUUAACUGGCAACCCUGUAGGCCAAAUGGGCCAUCGCCGAAUAGCAUCAUUCUCGGACCCAGGGCUUAUGAGCGCACCCAGCUUCGGACAGAACAGUCAAUGGCCCUCGUCUCCUGGCGCCACAGAGUUUUCGCCACCCGCGCGUGCCGCUCCUUCGCCAAUGAGCGGUCAGUCACGGCGUUUCUCUGGCAUGUUCGGACACGCACCCCCAACACUGCCCGAUGUGCCUCCCUUCGACCCGACGGAGUUCGAGACACUCCGAAAAGAGCUCGCCGUGGUUAAGGACCAGCUCGAAGAGGCCAAGCAUGAUGCGAGCGAAGCGCACGAGGCAAGGGAGGCCUCAGAAAUGUGCGUGCGCGCUUUGCGCACGUUCAUCGCUGAGAACAGCGUGGGCGAGCAACCGUCCCGGAGUAAUGCACGCCCUGGGAUGAAACAGCCACUGCCACCUGUCUCGGCGGCAAGCCCAAGCAGUGGCUCGCGAUGGGGUUUCAAACUCUGGAGCUCGGACACGCCUGCUACUCCCGUGAAUACUCCCGCGGCACCACCUGUGUCCGCUGCGAGUGCUGGGGUCCCGUCGCCUGUCGCUCGGAAACUGGGCGGGCUAUUCAGCCCGCGGUCAAGCAUCUCGUCGACGUCGACGCCCACCCGCCCGACGGAAGCAUCCGCCCAGCAGGACCUGCCGUAUCCAGGUUCGGACACGUCUUCGCUUGCGGAUUCCUCGACAGAGCCCCUAUGCGAGUGUUCGGUGCAAAAUGCUGGCAACUCCAUCCUUGGGCGAUUGGUCAACUCCGACAAUACCAAUGAAUCAACGCGCUCAGCGAGCGGUCCCCACAGAUCGAGUAGGGUGAUCAGAGCUCCUAUGUCCAGUGAGCUCCCAUGGCUGAUAGUGCACUGUAACAUUCGUAAAGCAGGACCGGCCUCGACAGAUGGUGCCGCCAGUAACCCUUCCAGACCCGAAGACAGGAUGUCCCUGCAGAUCCUGUUCAUGGUAUUGGCAUUGCAUGAUAUCUUCACAAGAGAUGGCAUGGCCAAGAGGAGUCGGAGGGCUGUUUCUUUGAGGACACAAUCGCCGCUGAUCCAGAGUUCCGUGAUCUGCUGUAAAGGUAUACAGAGUGACCCCAAAUGGAAGCACAACGCGUUAGCGUCGUUUCUCAUGUCGCUGGCCAUCUUUACCAUAUCGGUUCGCAACGCAGACGCUACUCCAAGUGCGAGAACGGAGCACCGUCUUUUUACUGGCGUCACCUUGAGCCUUUUGAUCCAUGUAGAGGCGUUCAAGGCGAGGGGCGCCAAGCAGGUGGCCGCCAAGAUACAACGGCUCUUCAUGGAUAUCAUCAUUCAGAUCAUCGAUACAAGCUGGCGGCGCCAGGGAAACCUUCCGGACAAGAAAUACGCUGCGGCAUGGCGCAUGAUCAUCGCAAGUAAUUCGACAGUUGUAACGUUGCUGUGGGUCCACAUGUGCGCUGCGACCGUGGAUGAAGGUGUCGGCUUUUUAGUGAUAAUGAUGACAAAACAAUGCCAGAAACUGGAUACAGAGGCCAGGACCUGUCUCCAACUCACACAGACAACCACAAGUGUCUACGGAUACAAAUGA